CUAGCACUUGUCUCCGGAGAGAAGUCGAACUUCCAAUACAUUAUCCGUCUGCUCAACACCAACGUCGAUGGCAAGCAAAAGGUCAUGUACGCCUUGACGAAGAUCAAGGGUGUUGGCCGUCGUUACUCCAACUUGGUCUGCAAAAAGGCCGAUGUCGACUUGAACAAGCGUGCCGGUGACCUGACCUCCGAAGAACUCGAGCGCAUUGUUACCAUUGUUCAGAACCCAACCCAGUACAAGAUCCCUACCUGGUUUCUCAACAGACAACGCGACAUCGUUGAUGGCAAGAACUACCAGACGCUCGCCAACGGCGUAGACAGCAAGCUGCGUGAGGAUUUGGAGCGCCUGAAGAAGAUCCGCGCUCACCGUGGUCUCCGUCACUACUGGGGUCUCCGUGUCAGGGGUCAACACAGCAAGACCACCGGUCGGAGAGGACGUACCGUUGGUGUGUCGAAGAAGAAGGGUUAA